UGCUUUAAUACUAUACUGCAAUGCAAAUACUAUUAAUCUAUCCUGUUGUCCAUAAUAAUAGUCAUGUUAAGCUAGAGACCACGUUUGCGGCAAAAUGUAGCGAUAAAUUUCAACCACUCCACAACUGCAAUAACACUCUGGUGGCUAAAGUGUGCAAACCGGCUCACUCAAAUCACUUAAAUCAGGUGCUAAACAAUAACACAGCGACUUGCUCAUCAGAAUCAGCGUAUCAUAUACCACCAGUUCAAAAAAUAGAGGGAGGCAUUAUUAUACUUAAUAACGUGCCACCAACAACAAUACUUGAUCAACGAAAAUUGGAAAUUAAAGGAUCGUAUUUGCUUCUUUUUCGAGAUUCCAUCACUAUAAAUGAUACAACCUACGUGACAAAAAAGGAACCGAUUUAUAUCCAACCACAUCCUCCGAAGACGGUAUCGAUUAACUACUUGGAACACCAUACAAGUUUGUCCCUACCAUAUCUGCAUAAAAUUUACAUCGAUGUUUCUCGCAUUCAGAGGGCUUAUCUUUUCAUCGUACUUUCUUGUGGAAAAUUUUUUCUUUCCCUCCAUUACUAAUCAUCGCAAUGACAAUUCUUUUCAUCUACCGCAGAAAAAAUCGACAAUUAAUAAAGCAAAUACUAAGAGGGCAGUGGAGGAAAUUUUUGCACAAGUCGAGGGCGACUCGUCUUAAGAGGGGAGAAGUUAGCGUAUUACACAGCUGCAAAUCUAAAAUAGCGGUUUGAUGAUUCCUUAGAAUCACUCCCACAUUCUUGGUUAUUUGUAAAUAAAUCGCACAGCUUACUCCGACGCCUGCAUAGCUUCUUGGAUAUUUGUAAAUAGACUUCACAGCUGUCAAGCUGAUAGACAAUUCUUCAGAAUCACUUCCACGCCUGUCUUGCUGUUCAGUUACAUUCCAAAACGGACACCUGAUAGCGUACGUGACUUUGGGCAGCUUUCGGCAGGGCAGCCGGCAAUGCAUUCAUACCAACACACAAACAGAGCUACCGGCGCAUCGAUACUAAGUCAGCCAGAUCGGGCAGCGCAUCUACACCAA